AUGGGGAACGAAGAGUCUACUGUAGUGGACGAGUCCACUCGGCCUUCAGUGCUGGAGGCGCGCAGCAUGGAGGCGGUGGCCAAAUACAUCAAGCAGAAUGAUGUGAAACGAAUUGUAUUGAUGGUGGGAGCCGGAAUCAGCACAUCGGCAGGCAUCCCCGAUUUCCGAUCUCCAGAUACUGGUCUCUACGCCAAUUUGGCAUUCCUGGACCUGGAGGAACCGGAAGAUGUAUUCGACAUCACCUUCUUCCGCGAGAACCCCAAGCCAUUCUACGCGCUGGGGAUGCUGUUGAAGCAUUUUACUCAAAAUAUCGACUGUCUCGAGCGACAAGCCGGGGUCCCCGGGGAGAUGAUCGUCGAGGCCCAUGGCAGUUUUGCCUCGCAGCGCUGUAUCGAAUGCAAGACUCCGUACCCAGACGAGGAGAUGCACAAGAUGGUGGAUCAGGGCAAGGUUCCUCGUUGCGGAUGUGGUGGCUACGUCAAACCCGACAUUGUCUUCUUCGGCGAGGCACUCCCAUCAUCGUUCUUUGAAAAUCGCUCGCUGCCGGCAGCGGCGGAUUUGUGCAUCGUGAUGGGGACGAGUUUGUCAGUCCAACCGUUUGCUAGUCUUCCCUCACUGGUCAGUGACGGGGUGCCUCGCGUUUUGAUUAAUAUGCAAAAAGUGGGCGGGAUGGGAUCGCGACCUGACGAUGUCCUUCUCCUGGGCGAUUGUGAUGCUGGAGUGCGCAAGUUUGCCAAGGCGAUGGGGUGGGAGGAAGAAUUGGAGGCGCUUUGGGGGGGAAACCGAGCCCGAGCCCAAGACCCAGUCGCAGAUCCAGAACCAGACCCAGACGGAGGAGAGAAUGCGCCGCAGGACCGGGACGAACGUCUGCGGGAGGAAGUGGAUCGUCUGACACAGGAAGUUGACCGCUCGCUGCAUUUGACCGAUGCUUACCAGCAGAGAGUGAGGGAGAAGCUGGAUGGGGGAAGCAAUGGCAGCAGCAGAAGCAGCCACCAAAGCAAUGAACAUGGCGGAGAGCAAGAAUCCGAGACUGUGAGUGGAUUGAGCCAUGUAUUCCCACACUUGGCGCACCAAGCGCAUUAG